AUAAACCAAUGCCGGCCAAACAUGUGUACUGGCGUAAUUUGUUUUUUUUUCACUGUGAUUUAGAAAAAGGACAAACAAACAGGCGUUAACUAUAUUUUUUAUUUAUUGCGGGACUAGUUCUGAAGUUGAAAUGUCUCUGUUUCUUGUGAACAGAUAUCUAGGAGAAGAAGAAGAGGGAACCAUCUCACAAGAAUCUCAGAGUCAGGUGUUGCUGGCAAAACUGCAGCAGAAGGUGAAACGGAAGCAGAGACAGAGUUUGACAGAGGUGAAAGAAUCUGUGCACGAAAAACAAACCAAGCAGCAGGAUAUACAAAAGAAAUUAGGAGACGACAAGGACAGCAGUCAUGAGCAUAUGCAGCACAAAAAGAGGAAAUCUGAAGCAGGAGCAUUGUAUGAUUCAGACCCUGACAACUUUGAUGCAAAAGAAAAAAAAAAGAAGAAGAAACAGCCAGGUAAGUUAGUUGAAGCCGUUUCUUCAGUGAGCAGAAGAGAUGGGGCAGAGAACAAAGGAGGACAAAAACUGGAAGAGACAGAAAAAAACAUUUCAAAACAGAGCCCAGAGAAAAUGUCUGCCCCAGCAGGAUUUACUGUUCUUGGUGGAUUUGAGAGCAAGACUCUUCAGAAGGUACACAGAGUCCUGCCUCAGUGGCUCGCUGAGCCGGAUUUUAUUCACAGAGACAUUAAAAGCAACUUAGUCCCUGUCUCUGCCAUCUCAGGGGUUUGUGCUCAGCUUCUGAAAAAACUGGAGAGUAAUGGGAUUCAGCACUUCUUUCCAGUGCAAGCAGAGGUGAUUCCAGCCAUCUUAGAGGGGGCACAGCAUGGUCUGCUGAUAGGUGGAGGAGGCUACAGACCCAGAGACAUCUGUGUGUCGGCACCAACAGGAAGUGGCAAGACUCUUUCAUUUGUCAUACCUGUCAUACAGGCGCUGAUGCAGCGGGUGGUGUGUGAAGUCAGAGCGUUAGCAGUGCUGCCAACCAAAGAGCUUGCCCAGCAGGUUUACAAAGUGUUUGCAUCAUAUGCUAAUGGAACUCCCCUGAAAGUGCUGAUGCUUGCAGGUCAGAAGCCGUUUGUUGCAGAGCAGGCUUCACUCUCAGAGCAAAGAGGGGGCGUGAGGCGCAGUGCAGCAGACAUAAUCGUGGCCACUCCAGGUCGACUGGUCGAUCACAUCAACCAAAACUCCGGAUUAUGUCUGAAGCAGCUCAGGUUUCUUAUCAUUGAUGAGGCUGACAGGAUGAUUGACAGCAUGCACCAGUCGUGGCUCAGCCAGGUUGUGAAGGCGGUGUACAGCUCAGGAGCCGAACCAGAAGCCACGAGCAUCUUCAGGAGGACAGAAGCAGCUUUUUCCACAGCAGCCAGUUUGUCUCCACCUCAGAUGCCGCUGCAGAAGUUGCUAUUUUCAGCCACUCUCACUCAGAACCCGGAGAAGCUGCAGCAGCUGGACCUCCACCAGCCCCGGCUCUUCAGCUCCGUUCACAGCUCCUCCAACAACACUGCAAUGGACUCCUCCCAGAAACAAGACCGCUUUGUCUUUCCCCAAGGCCUCACGGAGUAUUUUAUUUCCUGUACGAUGGACAAGAAGCCCCUCCUCAUCCUUCACUUCAUCCUGUACAUGAAGCUCUACCCCAUCCUCUGUUUCACCAACUCCAGAGAGGCGGCACACAGACUGUACCUGUUAGUGAAUCUCUUCGGUGGAGUCCAGUCAGCCGAGUUCUCCUCCAGACUCUCACCCGGUGAGAGGAAGAAGACCCUGAAGAGCUUUGAACAAGGGAAGAUCCAGCUGUUGAUCAGCACUGAUGCAGCUACCAGAGGCAUCGAUAUCAGCGGCGUCAAAUGCGUUGUGAAUUACGACGCUCCGCAGUACAUCAGGACGUACAUUCACAGGAUCGGAAGGACAGCAAGAGCAGGAAAGGCAGGACUGGCCUUCACUUUACUGCUCAGAGUACAGGAAAAGAAUUUCCUUCAAAUGGUGGCGGAAGCAGGAAGCGCUGGGAUCCAAAAGCAAGUGGUUAAACCAGCGUCCCUAAAGGGUAUGGAAGCCCGGUAUGAACAAAUCCUGCAAGAGCUGGCUCGUGUUAUUAAGGAUGAGAAAGCCAGAUGA